AGAAAUCUGUGUUUUCACCACUUUGGUUUUCACACAACUGGGCUCACUCUGCGCUGACAACAUUGUUGGCAAUCAGUCGCUGUAGUCUCCACUUCAAGCGUCAUUUGGGUGAUUUUGCAUGAACAACAGUGAUGCUCAUUCGUUACUUUGAGCACUUGCUCCAGUGGCUUGCAGUCAACCUUGGGCUACAGCUACCAGAGUGGCUUGAGCAGAGUCUAGAUAGCCUGGACUACCACCUCUUAUCAUGGCUACUAUGGUUGUUUAUGCCACUCGUCAUGGCAUUUGUGCUACCUAUUGGGAUUGUGAUAGUGAUGUAUGCGUCCAUUUUAUUCCUACAUAUUUACAAGGCGCGCCACCGCUUAGCUGAUGCUUAUUAUAGCAGUGGUAUGUGGGACUGGGCACGCAUGAUGAUUGCUACAUUCUGGGAAGUACAAGGCAAUAUAUGGCAUGGUUAUGAAAUUGAGGGAUUGGAGAAUAUACCGAGCGAAGGAGCGGCAGUCCUUAUUUAUUACCAUGGAGCAAUUCCUUUAGAUUUCUACUACAUUAUGGCUAAAGUACUGAUUUAUAAGAAUCGUGUCAUGCAAUUAGUGGUGGAUAAAUUCCUAUUCGGAGUUCCAGGUUUCAAGAUUCUAUUGAAGGUAUUCCAGGCAACUGUUGGGUCAGUACCAGAAUGUGUAAAACUUCUUGGCGAGGGGCAUAUUCUAGCAAUAGCCCCAGGUGGUGUCCGAGAAGCGCUGUUUGGAGAUGAACAUUAUCAUAUUAUAUGGGGAAAACGCUGCGGCUUUGCUAAAUGUGCUCUAGAAGCUAAAGUGCCAAUUAUUCCAGUAUUUACCAAGAACUGCAGAGAGGCUUUUCGAACACCAUCUUGGGGAAGGAAUAACCUUCUUCAGCUUUAUGAAAAGACACGUCUUCCUCUAGUGCCUAUAUAUGGAGGAUUUCCAGUCAAAUUAAAGACUUUUAUUGGAAAGCCUUUACCUUAUGACUCCACUUUAACAGCAGCCCAGCUUGCAAACAAGACUCAAAAUGCGAUUGAAGAGCUGAUCCACCAACACCAGCGUAUCCCUGGCAACGUGUUUAAAGCCCUACUGGACCGCAUCAGGUGAUGCUCAGUUGUCGUUCUUGCACCCUUUGAAAGAUAUCUUUUAAAGACAAUGGACAUUAUUGGUAAAUGUCAAAGACCAGUCUUCUCACUUGGUGUA